AUGGAUAAAAAUUUGUGUAGUAACUUCCUUUUAGUAAAGACGAACUUUCCCGAUCAAUUGGACAGUGACGGAAAGUAUUAUUUUAAAAAUGAUGAUCAUUUGAAAAAGUAUUGUGAUAACGAAAAUUGUGGGAGUGAUCUCGAAAAAGUUAAUGCUGGAUGUUUAUAUUUUUUUAAAGAAUUCUUUGGGGAUUCUUCUGUGUUUGAGUCUGUUGCAAAUAGUAACAUCGAUAUUGUUGAUUACAUUAUAAUAUGGUUAAGUUAUAUGUUAAACCUAAAGGAAAAUGACUAUAAUAACAGUCUAAAUCAUUUUUAUACUACAUAUAUAAAUAAUGAAAAGUAUAAAAAUCCUAUAGAUGGUGUUGAAGCUUAUAGUAAUUAUAAGAAUAUUAUAGAAAAAAAGCAUGAUUUGACGAAAAUGAAUAUUAAAGAUAUAUCUAAAUUUUAUGAUUCUUUUAUAUUAUUAUGUGAAAUGUAUACUGCAUUUAAUGACGACAAUAAAAAUUGCACAAACUGUUCGGAAAAAGCAAAUAAAUUUGUUGAAAAAUAUAAAGAACUUAAUAGUAAUAAUAAUAAAGGCAGUUCCUAUGAUAAAAUAUUGUCUACAUUAUCAACUGAUUAUGAUAAUUUAAAAAAUAAAUGUAGCAAUAUUGCAUCUUUUCCAAAGAUAAACACAUCAACAAAUACUGAAAAAGGUCCUGAAAAAGCUUCUGUACAAAAUUCUGCACAAACAUCUGAAGUUACAUCAUUAAGUUCGUCGAUAGGAAACAAAUUAAUUCCAGUUUUAUCGAUAUUUGGUGCAAUAGCAUUUUUUUUAGGAAUUGGAUAUAAGUAUUCAUUAUUUAAGUCUCGAAAACGAUCUCGAAAACAACAUUUAAGAGAAAAGCUAAAAAAUAAAGAAGAAAAUGAAUAA